GUGUGUGUGUGUGUGUGUGUGUGUGUUCAGGAGCUGGAGUGUCUGCAGGAUCACUUGGAGGACCUGGUCUCUGCCUGCAGGGAGGUCGUGGGCAACCUGACCGAGCUGGAGUCUGAGGACGUCCAGAUCGACGCUCUGCUCAUCCGAGCCUGCGAGCCCGUCUCUCAGGCUUACUGCCACGAUGUGGCUGAUAUCCAGAUCGAUACCGGUGACCUGAUGGAGUGUUUGGUUCAGAAUAAACACCAGAAGGAGAUGAACGACAAGUGUUCAGUCGGCGUUACACACUUCCAGCUGGUCCAGAUGAAGGAUUUCCGGUUCUCCUAUAAGUUCAAGAUGGCCUGUAAGGAGGACGUUCUCCGCUUGUGUCCAAACAUCAAGAAAAAGGUGGACGUGGUGAUCUGCCUCAGUACCACGGUGAAGAACGACACGCUGCAGGAGGCCCGGGAGCAGCGGGUCUCACUGAAGUGUCGUAAACAGCUGCGAGUGGAGGAGCUGGAGAUGUCGGAGGACAUUCGGUUGGAACCAGAGUUGUACGAUCCGUGUAAGUCCGACAUCAGCCGUCUGUGUCCCAACGUGGCCUUCGGUAACGCUCAGAUGAUCGAGUGUCUGAAGGAGCAGAAGAAGCAGCUCAGUCAGCGCUGCCACCAGCGGAUCUUCAGGCUGCAGGAGGUCGAGAUGACCGACCCCGAGCUCGACUACCAGCUGAUGAGAGUCUGCAAGCAGAUGAUCAAGCGGUUCUGCACCGACGCCGACGCCCGGAACGUUCUCCAUUGUCUGAAGCAGAACAAGAACAGCGAGCUGAUGGAUCCCAAAUGUAAACAGAUGAUCACCAAGAGACAGAUCACACAGAACACAGACUACAGGUUGAACCCGGGGUUGAGGAAAGCUUGUCGAGCUGACAUCCCAAAGUUCUGCCAGCCGAUCCUGAACAAAGCGAGCGAUGACAACGAGCUGGAGGGUGAGGUCAUCGGCUGCCUCAAACUCAAAUACGCCGACCAGAGGUUGUCUCCAGACUGUGAAGACCAGAUCAGAGUGAUUCUCCACGAGUCAGCGCUCGACUACAGACUCGACCCACAGCUGCAGAUGCACUGCACAGAUGAGAUCUCCAGGUUGUGUGCGGAGGAGGCAGCAGCUCAGGAGCAGACCGGUCAGGUUGAGGAGUGUCUGAAAGUCAACCUGCUGAAGAUCAAACAUGAAGCCUGUAAAAAGGAAGUCCUGAACAUGCUGAAGGAGAGUAAGGCGGACAUCUUCGUUGACCCGGUCCUCCACACGGCGUGCGCUCUGGACCUCAAACACCACUGUGCCGCCAUCACACCCGGCAGAGGACGACAGAUGUCGUGUCUGAUGGAGGCGUUACAGGACAAGAGAGUUCGUCUGCAGCCGGAGUGCAAGAAGAGACUUCAGGACCGCAUCGACAUGUGGAGCUACGCUGCAAAGGUGAGACACCAGGAGGAGAAAGUAUAUUUAUCUUUAUAGUUUAUUAAA